AGAAAUAAAACAGACAUUGGAACGUGAAUAUGAAAUAUAUCUUACUGCGUCAGACAUUCGGAAUUUAAACUUCGCAAAACUUAUAGAAAUGACGACCAAUACUUGUAAUUAUAAUGCAAAGGAAGCAAAUAAAAUAUUAACCAUUACAAGUUUAUCGAGGCAAUUCUAUGAUGAAAUACUUGCUACCGAAAUAGUUAUACCGCUUCAAACCAAUCCGGUGGAGGGACGGAAUGAGAUAUUCUUUCUUCCAGGAAUCGAAGGCUAUGCUGACAUUUUCAAAACAUUAGAAUCAAGAAUUAAAUCACCUGCGACAUGUUUUCAAUUCGAGACGAAUUACGAGUUAAAAACUAUUGAAGCUAUGGCCAAUUCCAUUCUACCGCACAUAUUGGAUAAACUGAAAGGUCGAAGUGAUUUUUUUUUAAUAGGAUAUUCAUUUGGAUCGGUUCUAGCCAUAGAACUAACGCGAAAAUUAGAAGCCAAAGGAUUUAUUGGUCGGUUAAUAUUGAUAGAUGGUGCUCCUCAGCAUCUGAAAACAUUUAUACAGGAAAACUUGCGUUCGUCAUCGCAGAAAGAAUUAGAAAACAAUAUUUUGCUCGAUGUAAUUAAUGCAUACAUUAAUGUCAAUGCUGUAGAGUUUGAACUUGAAUUAAAAAAAUGCAAUUCAUUGCAAGCAAUUAUAACUUAUAAUCCAGAACCAAUGCCAUAUCUAAGAGCACCAAUCACAUUGUUCAAGCCGCUGUUUCCUUCUGUAUUAAAUGCUACGUAUGAUUAUGGACUGCAGAAUGUAACUGAAGGCAAAGUAGAUGUUCACAUUGUUGAAGACGUGAUGUUGUCAACGGGUAAAAUAUCGCUAGAAGUAGACAGUAGAAAAGAUAUAGAUUACCUGAUUGAAUUUGAAUACAAUGGAAUAAAUAUUAGUUGUUUUACAAAUUUUUAUCUAUUGGACGAGACUUUUUCAAGGGUUGAACUUGAUAGUUGGAAUUUAGAAGAUGCAACAACAAUAUCGUGUAUACAUUGCAUAUACAUAGCAACACCUUACAUUAACGGAGGAAUGCAGAAGGGUGAAAGGAUAUUUAUUCAUGCUGGCUCUGGUGGAAUUGGCCAAGCUACGAUUAACUUAGCCCUCCCUGAAGGCUGUUAA